AUGCCUUGUCGAGCAAGAGCAGAACUGGUGGAAGGCGAUAGUACUGACUCUCUCAAGGAGAACUCUGCUCUUCUGAAGGGCGUCAAGGAUGAGCUGGUCAAAAAGGAGAAAGUAAAGACAAAGCAUGUCGAGCCUGAACCUGCGGAUGAAGAACCGGAUCAGACUCAGGCUGGUGACAAUGCCGAUGUCGACGCUUAUGGUGAUAUAGAUGCUGACGGUAAUCCCGAUAACAUGGACGGCACUCCAAGGAGCCACAAGUAUGUUCGCGUCAAUGCAGAGGGCGACAUUGUCCCCUCCACCCCGACUACCCCGAAAAGGGGGCAAGUAGCAACUCUUCCUUGCGAUGACGACGGCUUCAUCCCUGGUUCAACCAUCCUUGGUCGCGCAAAUGUGACUUCUACUUUCGUCAAGCAUGACAAAGAGAGUGGCUACAUUGAACUUAAGGGUACAAAGGGUCAAAAGACUCUUGUGAUUCGACGCAACUUAAGCGCCAAGUCCAAAGGCUCGACUCUAACUCUCAAUGGACAAUCUUGUACUAGGAAAGAACUUACCAACCGCAUGGCGAAAUUCAAUAUUUACAUUGGAAACUUAUGUUCGUUCUUGCCUCAGGACAAGGUCUCUGAGUUUGCGCGAAUGACUCCGCAGCAGUUGCUCAAAGAGACGCAACGUCCCGCGGGGGUUGUUAAUCUGUCCAGUACCCCGCAGAAAUCCAAUGAUGAGCAGGAGCGGUUGAAGACGAUGCAAGAGUGUAAUUCCCAACUUGAGCGAGACGUUCAGCGCUAUCAAGAGCGCAAGUGUAUCGAGAAGGAUGUCACUGUCUUAGUAAAAAUAUUGAUUGCUGUUAACGAAUACCAUGAAGCUAAGGACACCCGCUACCAGAAGGCAAAAGACCGCCAACGGGAGUUGCACUCCCGGGUGCGGAAACUGAAGGAUAGGAAUGCGCCCGCACACGCCAAGCUAGAACAGCUCGUGGCUCAGCACAAGGAAUAUCAGAAAGCAUGUGAGAAAAAGAAGACCGCCUCUCACCAGAAGUUCCAGCAGAUGAAGAAUAAAUUGGGCGAGAACGACAAGCUUGAACGUGACGCCGAUGACGUUACAAACAGACUUGAGGGUCUCGAAUUGGCCAAGAAGGAGCACGUGAAGAAAGAACUUGACAGCCCGCCCAAACUAGAAGAUGUAGAAGGCAUCAAUGUUGAGAUGAGGAAAGUCAACAGGGAACACAGCCAGACGACGAUGCGCAUAGAGGACUUGCAGGAGCGACAAUGGAAGAAUGUUGAUUCGUCCGCCAACAGGCGAACAUCAGUGGUGCAUUGGGCCAACAAGCAUCAUUGUAAACCCGAGAAGUUGUGGGCCUGGGAUAGAGACAUGGCCGAUGCAGCCGCGUGGCUUUUUCAAGAUGGAGGUGUUUGA